AUGCAGGCAAUUAAUCAGCUCUUAUUUCCCAGUGAAGUUGAGGCAAGAAAGAGUUCAACCUCAUCACCUUCACAAUGCAACAAGGGUGUGAACCGUAGCCCACUGAGAGCUAAUAGGUUAUCACAAGGUGGCACCGGUAUGAGAACUAGAACUAGGAGCAGCAGCAGCAGCUUCAUCACCGAAGGUAGAACAAGAAGCAGCUACAGGACGUUCAUCGAACCCGGCAGCACAACAGGCACCAACACUAGUGCGAACUUCAUCAGGACACAUGGCAGCACAAGAAGCAGUAACAGAAGGAGCGCAGUAAGAUUAGACCAAUCUGAAGAUGCUGCGUUGGCUUACAGGUUGCAACAGGAGGAGUUCAUGAAUGCCUUUGAGGAGCCUGAGCAGGAGAGGCAGCCACGGAACGACGUGUCCACAGCAAGAGACACUCUGAGAGAAAUCGCCUCCCGGGCCGUCCGCCUCCGUGCUCGAUUCUGGCCUGUUUAA